CUGUAUUUUAAUUCAGCUGCAGCCUCGAGAAAACUGCUUUCAAUCCUUUGAUGAUUCUGAUCUACUCGCAAUUAAACCGACUUAGCUCCAUUCAACUGUAUAUUAGUUUCAGUCACAGUGAACUCGGUUGCUCUGCUUGAGAUUGUAGUCAUGGCUGAGAGUGAAAUCAAGCUUCUGGGUGCAUGGCCAAGCCCAUUUGUGAUGCGAGCUCGGAUCGCCCUUAACAUCAAGUCCGUAGACUACGAGUUCCAUCAAGAGAAACUGGGAUCCAAGAGUCAGCUCCUCCUCGAGUCCAACCCAGUUUACAAGAAAAUCCCAGUUCUCAUCCACGAUCAGAAGCCCAUAUGCGAGUCCCUCAUCAUCGUUCAGUACGUCGACGAGGCUUGGUCUUCCGGACCCUCCAUCCUCCCUUCCGACCCUUAUGACCGCGCUAUUGCCCGCUUCUGGGCUGCCUAUAUUGACGACAAGUGGUUUCCAUCGCUGAGUGGAUUAGCGAAGGCUCAAGGAGAGGAGGCAAAGAAGGCGGCGAUGGAUCAAGUGCUUGAAGGGUUCCUGUUGUUGGAGGAGGCGUUUGGGAAGUGUAGCAAAGGGAAGGAUUUCUUUGGCGGGGAUCGAAUUGGGUACCUUGAUAUUGCUUUGGGUUGCUUCUUGGGGUGGCUGAGGGUGUCGGAGAAGAUGAAUGGUGUGAAACUGCUUGAUGCAGCCAAGACGCCUGGUCUGGUUGGAUGGGCGGACAAGUUUUGCGGGGACGAUGCCGUGAAGGAUGUGAUGCCGGAGACUGAUAAGCUUGCGGAGUUCGCUAAGAUUCUUUUCCAGGCCAAGGCCAAUGCUCCUCCGCCGGCUAAUUAAUUACCAUGUAUUAGCUAACGGGAUCUUUUAAGUGGAGUGUGGAUUGGUUGCAGUGUUCAUCGGCGCAAACUUGGUUUGUUGUGCCUGGUUUUUCUUUUUUCCCCCCUUUUCUACGUGAGUCCAUGAUGAUAUUCCUGGUUAAUAGACGCUAUCCUCAUAGGUUUAUUUACCACGAUUAUAGCUAUUCCUCCUGUCAACAUCCUUUGAGGCAAGGCUUUUAUGAUAAGAUUUUAUAAAUUAUCAUUUUGAUGAAA